AUGGAAGAAGUCAUGAAAGCACUUAGCAAUGAUGCAUUACUGUCUUCAGUCAAAUUGAAUCAUCAAGAAUUUAAUGCUGACAACAUAGAUAAAUUAAAUAGUUCCAAUAAUGAAAGUAAGAAUAGUCAGGAAAUCAAUUCUAUAGAAGAGAUAAAAAAGACUUUAUCUUUUAAUGACAAAACUUAUCAACCGACAUUCCAAAUGCAGCCAGAAAUCGUCAAUCCUAAAGGAAUUUCAAUGAAUGAUCGUCAGUUUGUUUUUGGAAAUGCCAAAGUUAGCAAAGAGUAUGUGAUCAAAGAUCCAGCACCAAAAGAAAGCUUAGAUUUGCUUAAAAAAAGCAUUGAGUCACUUAAAAACCGCGAAUUUGGCAAUUUUGCUGACAAUAUCCUACAAUCAGCUUCAAAAUUAAGUACAGAGAAGAGUCAGCAUUUUAAGGAAAUUAAAAAUAAAAUCAGUUCCGCUGAAUUGAACGAGAAACUGCAAAGUUUUGGGUUUAAAGACAUAGAAAUCAGUUUGAAGGACAUUGAAGAACUGUUGGAAAAGAUUUUGUCAAAUGAGCAUAGUGAACAGGAAGACGAGAAUCAGAAACGUUAUGUUUUUGCCAUCCAAAAGUUGUGUGACAUUCUGUCAAUUUUAUUUGGACAGUUUCGUGAUAAAAUUGAAGUUGCAGCCACAAAUAAAGCUUUAGAUUCAAUCAAACAGUCAGAAUUCGUAGCUGAAAUGCCUAAAGAACUUGAUGCAGAGGAUAUUUUGAAUCUAAAUUCACACACACGUGAGGAACCUGAAAAAGACAUCAGCACAGAAGAUGAUGAUAUAAAAGGAACUGAAGAAAUGACUGUCAAUGGAAAGAAAAUCUGCAAAUGCUUCUCUAUGAACAAUGAACUCGAUAAACAAAGUGACGAGGCUGUCUAUGACAAAGAUAUUAAGACAGCAAAGUCUGUUGAAUUUGAUGCCCCAGAAGAAGAAAAUGCAGUUCCUUUAAAAUCGUACAAUUCACUUAUCAGAAUAAAAUUCAGUGGCCAUAAAUUAAGAAAAGUCAAAAAUAUGAAUGACUUGUCAAGAGUUAAAUCUUCAACACGUCUAAAAAGUAAAAGCUUUAUACAUUCUAAAGGCAUUAAUGACCUACCUGUUGAGCUUCAAACAAAAUAUCCAAUACAAAGUAAUGUCGUACAAGUUUCGUCUAUUCCAAGCAUCAUCACAAGAUAUUAUCAUCCAGAAAACUUUACAGAAACUUUUCUAACGGAUUCGACGCAUUCAAUUAAAUGUGAAUCUAUAUCAUCUGCCAUUAUUGAAGACCUUAAUGAUGAUGAUGGAUUUUUUAAUUUGCCAAAAGUUCCAUCAUCUACUUUGAGUGAGGCAUCAAGUUCUGAAUGGAUCGAUGCUAAUACUUCGUUUGUUAAUACGCAUUAUGAGACAGUUGAAGAACUUUCUGAGCCAAUAUUAGUGUCUGAAAUACCAAAACUAGAUCCCCUGCCUAUAAUUCCUUUAGAAUCUUUAUGUAGUGUUCUUAAUGAGCCUCUGUUGUCAGCGUUAACUAAUCAGGAGCCAUUAAGUUUGACACAUCCACAACAAACGAAUAUUCAAGCUGAUCCACAGCCGUCGACAUCAGCAGAUUCAAAACCCAUUAAGAAGCAAAAACGAUUUUCAGGAUGUAAAAAUUUCGUAAAACGGCUCAUACCCAACAAAUUGCUUCGUAAAAAAGAUAGAAAUUGA